AUGAAGAAUAUAUUUAGAAGAUCAGUUCAGAUCUUUCACAAAAAAGAUAAGGAUAAAUCAGGAAAUAGCGAUAGUGAUGGAAGUUCAAGAGAUAGCUCACGUGGUGGAAGCAACAAUGAUUUGAAUGUCAAUGGCAUUCACAGUGGAAGCAACAGCAGUAAGAAGGAUAAAAAGUCAAAGAGACACUCAAAGAACUACGAUGCGAAACACUCGGAUGUCUCGGCAUCAUCGGAAUCACCACAAUCCAGUUUGCGUGGUAGUCCAGCGAUCUACUCACAGAAACAACAACAACAACAACCAAUUCCACAGGUUAUUGUUUCGAAACCGAGUGCACGUCGUAGAUUUGCCAGUGUUUGUACCGCCACAGAUCAACAAGAUGGUCGCGUCUCUCUUUGUAGCGGAGGACGGCAAGAAGAAGCAGAUCGACAUGGAGAUACUCGAGCGUCUGCGUUAUCUCGUGCACUGUUUGCCACCCGUUCACUUUGA